AUGGCCCGGACCCGGCCCGCGUCCCGUUGGACGUUCUUCCUCUCUCUACUGGUUCUUAUCAGUUGCAUUGUUGUCCCCGGUGUGGCUGUUAAGCAUGAAAACUUCAAAACAUGCGCUCAAUCCGGAUUUUGUAAGCGCAACCGAGCUCUCGCCGACGAUGCCUCCGCCCAAGGUACAUCCUGGAGCUCCCCGUACGAGCUUGAUCCAGCUACCGUACAAUUCAAGGACGGUCAGUUGACCGGUGUGUUGAUCAAAACGACCACGGCGAACGGUCAAGUCCGCCUGCCUGUCAUCGUGUCUUUCCUGGAAUCCGGUGCCGCACGCGUGAUCGUCGACGAGGAGAAGCGCAUGAAGGGCGAGAUUGAAAUCCGACACAACAGCAAGGUCAAUAAGAAGCGGUAUGAUGAGACUGAGAAGUGGGUUCUUGUUGGUGACUUAGAGUCAAGCAAGUCAGCCAAGCUGAAGCCUGAGACCGAAGCUGGAUUUACCAAGGUCCAGUAUGGCCCAGGUGACAAGUUUGAGGCUGUUAUUCGUCACGCCCCAUUUGAGUUGGAAUUCCAGAGAGAUGGCCAGACUCAUGUUCAGCUGAACCACCAAGGUCUUCUAAACAUGGAGCACUGGCGUCCUAAGGUUGAAAAGGAGGGCGAGUCUGAGUCCGCCGAGGAUGAAAGCACUUGGUGGGAGGAGAGCUUCGGUGGCAACACAGACUCCAAACCCCGUGGCCCCGAGAGUGUUGGAAUCGAUGUGACUUUCCCCGGGUACAAUCAUGUAUUUGGAAUCCCAGAGCAUGCAGAUUCGCUUUCGCUCAAAGAGACAAGGGGAGGACCCGGAAACCACGAGAACCCAUACCGCAUGUACAACUCCGAUGUCUUCGAGUAUGAACUUAAUAGCCCUAUGACCCUUUACGGCGCUAUUCCUUUCAUGCAGGCACACCGCAAAAACUCCACCGUCGGUGUCUUUUGGUUAAAUGCUGCUGAAACCUGGGUCGAUAUUGUGAAAAAGUCUGCCUCAUCAAACCCGCUUUCUUUGGGCGCCAGCUCGAAGACUAACACCCAAACUCACUGGUUCUCCGAGUCUGGUCGAAUUGAUUUAUUUGUUUUCCUUGGCCCCUCGCCCAAUGAGAUCAGCAAGACCUAUGGAGAGCUGACUGGCUAUACGCAACUUCCCCAGCACUUUGCCAUCGCCUAUCACCAGUGCCGUUGGAACUACGUCACCGAUGAGGAUGUGAAGGAAGUUGAUGCUAAGUUUGACAAGUAUCAGAUCCCAUAUGACGUUAUCUGGCUGGACCUUGAAUAUACCGACGACCGCAAGUACUUUACAUGGGAUCCGCUCACCUUCCCCAACCCGAAGGGUAUGCAAGAGAAGCUUGACGAAUCCGAGCGGAAGCUUGUUGUGCUCAUUGACCCACACAUCAAGAACAAGGAUGACUACUAUGUUUCCCGGGAGCUUAAUAGCAAGGGUCUUGCCGUUCAAAAUAAAGACGGUGACGUAUAUGAUGGCUGGUGCUGGCCCGGCUCUUCAAACUGGGUCGAUUGCUUCAACCCCGCUGCAACUCAGUGGUGGAACAGUCUCCACAAGUACGACAAGUUCCAGGGAUCGAUGUCCAACUUGUUUAUUUGGAAUGACAUGAACGAGCCCUCCGUUUUUAACGGCCCGGAAACAACCAUGCCCAAGGACAAUAUUCACUAUGGUAACUGGGAACACCGUGAUAUCCACAAUGUGAACGGUAUCACCCUUGUCAAUGCUACCUACCAGGCAUUGCUUGAGCGCAAGAAGGGUGAGGUCCGCCGGCCAUUCAUCCUGACCCGCUCAUACUAUGCUGGAGCUCAGCGUAUGGCUGCUAUGUGGACUGGUGAUAACCAGGCUACCUGGGAUCAUUUGGCCAUUUCCUUGCCCAUGGUCUUGACCAACGGUAUUGCGGGAUUCCCCUUCGCCGGUGCUGAUGUCGGUGGCUUCUUCCACAACCCGGACAAGGAGCUGCUGUCCCGGUGGUACCAGGCCGGAAUUUGGUACCCAUUCUUCCGCGCUCACGCUCAUAUUGACACUCGUCGCCGCGAGCCCUACCUGAUCAAUGAGCCCCACCGGACCAUUAUUUCCCAGGCCAUCCGCCUGAGAUAUCAGCUUUUGCCAUCUUGGUACACUGCCUUCCACGAAGCUUCGGUCAACGGUACACCAAUCGUGCGACCCCAGUACUAUAUGUUCCCCGAUGAUGAAGAAGGCUUUGCCAUCGACGAUCAGCUCUAUCUGGGCUCUACUGGUCUCCUCGCGAAGCCUGUGGUGACUGAAAACACAUUCACAACCGACAUCUACAUUGCUGAUGACGAGAAGUACUAUGACUACUUUGACUUUACUGUCUACCAAGGUGCAGGCAAGAAGCACACCGUCCCUGCCCCAGAGGACAAGAUUCCUUUGUUGAUCCAGGGUGGUCAUAUCGUCCCUCGUCGGGACCGUCCCCGCCGCAGUAGUGCCCUUAUGAAGUGGGACCCCUACACUCUUAUUUUGACCCUGAACAAGAACGGCGAAGCCGAUGGCUCUCUCUACGUCGAUGACGGUGAGACCUUUGACUAUGAGCGUGGUGGCUACAUUCACCGCCGCUUCCAGUUCCGUGACUCGACCUUGUCGUCUGAGGAUCUUGGCACCAAGGGACCCAAGACUACCGAAUACUUGAAGACCAUGGCCGGCGUUACUGUAGAACGCGUCGUUGUUGUUGACCCACCCAAGGAGUGGAAGGAUAAGACCACAGUCACCGUCAUUGAGGAUGGAGCUAAGACAGCCUCCACCGCAUCUUUGGACUACUUUGAGCAGGAAGGUGGAAAGGCACCUUAUGCCAUUGUCAAGAGCCCCAAUGUUGGAAUUGGAAAGGCCUGGCUGAUAGAAUUUUAA